GGUGUGGGCUCUGGAUCCCCGGGCCCGGCCUUCGGGGCCAGGGAGGGCCCGCAGGGACUCAGGCAAGUGUGGGUCCCGGCAGUGCGACCGGGCGCCGGGCACGGCCGCCACAACCUCCUGCUGCCGAGUCUACACUGCGGGGACACUACUCUUCUUUAAGACGGGAGGCUGGAAAGAGGACUGUGUUGACAAGUCAUGUUCCAGGUGACAUUUAGUGAUGUGGCCAUAGACUUCUCGCAUGAAGAGUGGGGAUGGCUAGAUUCUGCUCAGAGGGAUUUAUACAAGGAUGUGAUGAUCCAGAAUUAUGAGAACCUGGUUUCUCUAGCAGGUCUUUCCAUACCUAAGCCAUAUGUGAUCACCUUACUGGAGGAUGGGAAAGAACCUUGGAUGGUGGAGAAAAAAGAUUGGGAAUCAAGAUGGGAAAACAAGGAAUUAGUAACGAAGGAGGAUAUUUAUGAUGAAGAUUCACCCCAAACGGUAAUAACAGAAAAAAUGAUAAAACACAGUCAUGAAUUUUCCAGUUUUAACAAGGACUGGGAAUAUAUAGAAAAGUUGGAAGGGAAGCAUGAAAAUCAGGUAGAACAUUUCAGACCAGUGACCCUCACCUUUAGAGAAGGUCCUACUGGGGAAAAUGUUUACAAAUACAAUAAAUUUAGCAGCAUCUUCUCUUUGAAGUCUAUUCUUUCUGAACCACAGAAAAUUUCUGCUGAAGGGAAAUCACAUGAACAUGAUAUAUGUAAGAAGAGCUUACCAAAAGAGUCUGUUAUAAAAAAUGAGGAGAUCAAUGGUGGGAAGAAACUUUUGGAUUCUAAAGGAAGUGUGUCAGCCUUCAGCCAGAGCAAAUCUCUUACCCUUAAUCAGACUUCUAAUAGAGAGAAAAUCUAUACAUGCAAUGAAUGUGGGAAAGCCUUUGGCAAACAAUCAAUCCUUAAUCGCCAUUGGAGAAUUCAUACAGGAGAGAAACCAUAUGAAUGUCAUGAAUGUGGGAAGACUUUUAGCCAUGGCUCAUCCCUAACUCGACAUCAGAUAAGUCACAGUGGAGAGAAACCUUACAAAUGUAUUGAAUGUGGGAAGGCCUUUAGCCAUGUGUCCUCACUCACUAACCAUCAGCGUACUCACACUGGAGAGAAGCCAUAUGAAUGUAUGAACUGUGGAAAGUCGUUUAGUCGUGUUUCACAUCUUAUUGAACAUCUGAGAAUUCAUACUCAAGAAAAACUCUAUGAGUGUCGAAUAUGUGAGAAAGCCUUCAUUCAUAGGUCAUCUCUCAUUCACCAUCAGAAAACUCACACCGGAGAGAAACCUUAUGAAUGCAGUGAAUGUGGAAAAGCCUUUUGCUGUAGCUCCCACCUUACUCGACAUCAAAGAAUCCACACUAUAGAGAAACAAUUCGAAUGCAGCAAAUGUCUGAAAGUCUUCAGCAGCUUGUCAUUUCUUAUUCAGCAUCAGAGUAUUCAUAAUGAAGAAAAGCCUUUUGAAUGUCAGAAAUGCAGGAAAUCCUUCAACCAGCCAGAAUCACUGAAUAUGCAUUUAAGAAAUCACACCAGAUUGAAACCUUAUGAAUGCAAUAUAUGUGGGAAAGCCUUUAGUCAUAGGUCGUCCCUGCUUCAACAUCACAGAAUUCAUACUGGAGAGAAGCCCUAUGAAUGUAUUAAAUGUGGGAAGACCUUCAGCUGUAGUUCGAACCUUACUGUACAUCAGAGAAUUCAUACUGGAGAAAAGCCAUAUAAAUGUAACGAGUGUGGGAAGGCUUUUAGCAAAGGCUCAAAUCUUACUGCCCAUCAGAGAAUACAUAAUGGAGAGAAACCCAGUAGUGCAAUAAGUAUAGAAAAGCCUUUAGGCCAUAUGAAUGAUUACACAUGUGAGAAAUCACAUGAGAGAGAAACUAUAUGAACAGAAUAUUUGUCAUAAUAUGCUUUAGCCAUAGAUCUUUCCUGAAAAUUUUUACUGGAAAAAAAGUCUCAUGAAUGUAGUAAAUAUGGGAAGGCCUUUAGCAGGGGUACAAGCCUACUGUCCAUCAUACUUCACACUGUGGAGAGACCAUUUAUUGCCUAUGAAGGCAAUAAUUCAUAGGCAAUAAAUGUGAGAAAGCCCUUAGCCAGUAUUAAUCCCUUAAUUGACACAAGUCCACACUGGGAAAAAACACUAUAUAUGUAACAUGGGGAAGACAUUAGGGAAUAUGAAUUUCUUAACUGAGUACACACAAGAGGGAAGGAAUAGGAAUAUAAAAAUGGUGGGAAGUCCUUCCGUUAAGGUGUAUCCCUUAUUCAGUAUCAAUUCACACUGGAGAGAGCUUGUAUGAGAAAUGUAGCAAACUGUCCACUAUGAGUUCUUACCUUGCUAGACAUCAGAAGAUUAAUCCGAGAACAGCCUGACGGAUGUAGGAAUUCUGUGUAAACCUUUCUUUGCAAUGAUGCUGUUUGUAAGCAGUUCUACAGGAGAGCAAACAAGUAGAUUAUAAAUGGAUAUGCCUUUCUUAUAGCAGUAGCAUGCCAUUUUACUCAAGUCCUACAUAGAAGUUUCUUUAGCUAAGGGGCAUGUGAAGAUAUUUAGUCACCCAGUGGAUCCAGAAAAUGUUUUAAAGUUAAAAAUUAAAGCUGCAGAAGAAGCAAAAGUUGGUGUGAAUAAAGUUUUUGGUCUCUAAUAAUAAAAUCAGUUUGUAUAUAAUGAACUCUUUCACUGUGACACUGAUAUUUCUUACCAGAUUUUCUACUUCCCUUUUGAAGAAUUAAGCCUUACUAUAGCCUUUAGGGGAGACUAGCUAAGCUAGAGAAAAACGGCCUGAUCUCUGUGCUAAGAAUAUCAUUAUUUUGGUGUCAGUUUCACACAUUUUAAUUUUUACAAGUGCAGUGAGAACAUAACCAGAAAACAACAAACUAGCAGGAGAGAUCAGAGCAGGCUUAAUGAUGGAUGUGGUUUGCAAUCCGAAUACUAAGGGAUGAGCACUAACUGCAUAGCUGUGUGAGGGCCACGUACUCUGGGAGUCAUUCUACGCCAAGUACACAAGCCUGUUCUGUCACGUUUGCUGCAUCUAGAUGCCACGAUCCAGCGUCUAGUGUCAGGUCCCGUGGCACUGUGCUACCACUGCUGGCAGCAUUACUGGUACCAGCAACAGUCAUUUCUCCACGCUGGGUCAUAGUGAUGAGCAUUUACAUUGAAAUUAAUAGUCCAGAGCUGUCCCCACCACUUUUCCUCCAGCCUGCCUACUGGUUUUGAAAAUAUUUACUUGUAAGUCUUCUUGAAAUAAGACAGUUUUUAUUUUCUCUACCAAACACUGAGAGAUACUCAUGGUUUGUACAGAUGCUGGCUCAAAUAGUUUUAGAUAAAUAGUCUGACUGGCCCCUGGUUUCCUGUCUUGUGACUAGACAGGUGAUAAGUAGUAAUCGUCAGAACAGUCCGGACACUUGGAAAUAAAGGGCACUUCUACCGCUUAUAUUUCAGGUUAUGUUCUCUAUGGCAUCUGAUGUAAGUAAAUUAUUUUAAAAAGGAAUAUUAUAUCACUGACAUAAUUCUGAUGUGGAAUGAGUGAUAAGGUUUCCAACUUAAGACAAAAUAUUCUGCUCUAGUACGUGAGAUACCUUAACUGAAAACUAAGAGGUGGAAAUAGUUUGGAAUGGGGUGGUGAUUUUUUAAAGAGAUUUAUCUUUCCUUUGAUUUAAUUUUAUUUAUGAGAUUCCAAGGAAUGUUGAAGGAUCUUUGAGAGACAAGGGAAGCACAGAAUGGUACCAAACAAGGAUUAAGAACGGUUGUGAUUAUGGACAGAUUGGCCGCUGAAUAUAUCUAGUUACAGGGUAAUGGCAAGCUUUCUGUUUCUCCCACUCUGUGCUUCCCCUGCUCUUCCAAGCACUGGUACCAUAAAGACGAAGAAUUACUUCAACCCCUAGGUUUUAUUUGCUUCCACUACGCAUAGUUUUAGGUUAUUUUGUUAGUCUGUUAUAAGAGGACUCAUCCAAAUAUUCAUACUUUGUCAAUUAAGCAUGAGCAUGCACAUGAUAACAUUUUACAGUGAUACUGAACUAGGAAAAGAAAGCCAAGGUUAAAUAUAGUGAAGGACUUAGAGCAGUAAGAGUAUGUUAUCUUAUUGGAAGGUUGCGCUAAGAUCAUGAUGUUACAAUGUCACUGAUGGAGAAUCAUACUCAGUCACGUCUGUUAACCACUUCUUGAGCAUCUACUGUGAGUCAGAUGAAUAAGACACACUCUACCUUUCAAGAGCUCGAGUGUGUGUGUGUGUGUGUGUGUGAAGAGUAUAUGCCCAGAAGUCAUGUUACCUGGAUAUAAAUCCAAGUUGCAUGUAUACUGUCUUUAUAGGACUUUAGACAAAUUACUUCACCAUCUACUGUAACACCUCACAGGAUUAUUAUGAAGCUAAAUGAGUUAAUUGGUACAAAAUGUUUAUAGUGCCUGACACCUCAAAAGCAUUCAGUGAAUAUUAGCUAUUAAUUUCAUCAUUAUCAUCAUCUUCACAUGGCUGCUUCAUCAUUCUGGUCUGUCACAUCUAGUGAGUCUUCCUAAUCACCUCUUAUUUACUUACCGUUUCACUUUUUGGAGGUUCUUACAAGACACACCUAUUUUCUUCCAACAAGUCCUCCUUUGGCAUUUGAGCCAUUUUCAGGGGAAGUAUAUUUAUUUCCCCAUAUAUUCCAAGGAGACACAAAGAGCACCAGAUAGGAGAAGGUGAAAAAACCCACCUGGGCUGCAGGAAGGAGGAAGGGUGCCCUAAAGAUGUGUUUUGAAGAAAAGGCAGAAUGAAGGAGACAUCAUGGAGGAGAGGUGAGGCUUUACCCAGUG